ACACCCGCCCUAAAUGAGACGGAAGGCAUCUGAUUGGCUGCAGCUUCACAAAAUUUGCAGUGCGCUGAUUGGUGUUGGUCAUCUACAAAGCAUUCCCGCCCAUUAAUGUUAUUGGCUGCUACGUUCAAGACCUACCCGGAGGUCGGAAUGUUUAUAUUAUAUCAAACGCAAUCGUUUUUUAUUUCAGACGAAAUUAAAAAAAGAGCUUGACCAUUUUGGACAUUUAACACUAAUGUUCAGGUCAGUAAUUGAGUACAUCAGUUAACAGAUCCUUCUGUUUUUUUAGUGAACGGCUUUUCCAGUAAACAUUGCGACUUUCGAGGACACCGCAACGCACCAGAAACUCUGGGUGGGAUUUACAACGACACAAGCAGAAACUCUGCCCGAUUUCCUAGCCGGUGCAGAGAGCGGCGUACCGCGAAGGAGAAGCGCCUCCAGCUGACUCGCACACCGGCUAAUUGCGACGGAACGGACCCUCAUCACACCGCGGAAGACGCGACCAGCGUGGCGGGGUCAGAUACAGUCAGUGACUGGAUCAGAGGCUCCACGUUGAGCCGCAGGUGGAGCUGCUGGCCGCGAUGGAGGGGAGCAAAGUUUUCACCUUCACAGACGCGAAACACCCAGAGGAGAGUCUGAGUGUCUGCAUCCCAGAGGUUCUGGACCCUCAGUAUGGGAUGUACGUGUGGCCCUGCGCCGUGGUUCUGGCCCAGUACCUGUGGUUCCACCGAGACCAGCUGAGAGGCCGGGCGAUGCUGGAGCUCGGCGCCGGUGUGGGUCUCCCCGGCGUGCUGGCGGCCCGCUGCGGCGCCCGCGUGUCGCUGUCGGACGGAUCGGACCGGCCGCGGUGCCUGGAGAACGGCCGGCGGAGCUGCGCUGCCAACGGGCUGCGGGACGUCGGCGUGUUGGGCCUCAGCUGGGGGGACGUGACCCCGGAGCUGCUGCUGCUGCCCCCGCAGGACGUCGUCCUCGGCUCAGACGUCUUCUACGACCCCGAGGAUUUUGAAGAUGUUCUGGUGACGUUUGUCUGCCUGCUGAGGAAAAACCCGGAGGCUCAGUUCUGGACCACGUACCAAGUGAGGAGCUCUGAUUGGUCCCUGGAGGCCCUGCUCCACCGCUGGAGGCUGCGCUGCGUCUCGGUGCCGCUGGCGGACUUCGGUGCGGAUGGGUGUGAGCUGGCCGGGUCGGCCUUGCCGGGCAACCACACCGUUCACAUGAUGAUCAUCAGCAGGGAGUCGGAGGUCGACCCGCAGUCCCAGGGGUCACCGACCUCUCCCAGACACGCAGCCUGCCGCUCAGCUGCUCAGUGAAAAACUGAUUGAAAUGAAAACAUUAAGGCGGAUUCAGGUUCUGAUGGGAAUCUUGAAUAUUUCUGGAUUUGACUCCAGAUUUUCAGUUUUCUCAGCUGUGUGCAUCGUGUGACCAGCAGAGGGCAGUGUUCCUCUGAGGACGUUAGUAGUUUGAUGAAAGGACUUCCUGUUUCUGGAAGAUGCAUCUUCCCUCCUGCCUGAACAGAUUAUCCAGGUUUCUGUUUCUGCAGAUUAACUGGAAUAUUAGAAAAUGUUUCGUUUGGUUUUAUGCAGAUUUUCCACAGCCAAACAGAAAACCUGCAGCCGCCGUCCUGACUGUAUAUCUGCUGUAAUUCCUGUAAAUAAACGAAUCUCUUGCA